UGUAAGCACCAGUUACCUCUGUCUGUCAAUCCGUCCAUCUAUUCAUCAGCUGACCAUGCUUCAACCACUGCACUGUCUGCUUCUUGCCUCUGCCGUGCUGCUCUGCAACACCAGCCCCGUUCCCACGGAGAAACAUGAGGACUCAGACACAGAGUGUCCUCUGAUGGUGAAAAUCCUGGAUGCUGUGAAGGGAACUCCAGCUGGAUCAGUGGCCCUCAAGGUGUUCCAGAAGACAGCUGAUGGGGGAUGGACGCAGAUUGCUAAUGGAGUGACAGAUGCCUCCGGAGAGAUCCAUAAUCUCAUUACAGAGCAGCAGUUCCCAGCAGGAGUGUAUCGUGUUGAGUUUGAUACCAAAAGUUACUGGAAGAAUGAGGGGAGCACACCAUUCCAUGAAGUAGCAGAUGUGGUGUUUGAGGCUCAUGCUGGAGGUCAUCAUCACUACACCUUGGCGUUGCUGCUUAGUCCAUUCUCCUUCACCACCACAGCCGUGGUCUUCAACGCACAUCAGUGAUACACAUCACAAUGUGGAUAUUAAAGAGCCGCCCAUGCCAAGAAUGAUAACUAUUACAAUAACUACGUGAGUAUCCACUCUGAUGAACAAGGAUGUGAUGGCCAAUCGGGUGACGACAAGCACACACUGCAUGUUCCAGCCGUGGGGCCCUGUAAAUGUGGAUGGAUUUUGAUUGGCUGUCACUGUUUGUAUUGUCAUCAAGUGUCUGUGAAAGUGAUCCCAAUGAUACUUUGAAUGGAAGGAUUUUUAAAACUAUGUACUUAUAGUUGUUGUUAUUGUUCUUGGUGUGGACAGCCCUUUACAGCCUGGUGGAGGUAUCCAGAGAUCAUCUGUUUUAUUUUUCUUCUUGUAUACAAAUUUCAUGCGUUGAUCCAAACCAACAGUGAAUGUCUUGUAUCUACUUACAAGUAUUGUGUGUGUGUGUGUGUGUGUGUGUGUAUCCAAAGUCUGAUAUCAUAUUCCUCUGUGCCACAGAGCUAUAUUAAA